GGGUACCUCAAACCAACUCCAUCAUACCCCCUGUGAACGCGACAUCACGACAUCGUUAAAGACCCAGAUGCCCUCCAACGAAUAAACAACACUCCCCCAGAGCUGAGCUGCAACACAAGCAAUGUGGCCCACCAGCAGCGUCUCCAGCCUCCAAAAGACGUAUGACGAGACUUAUCUGAAAUGCUCAACCGCCGUCUACUACGAGAGCCAGGGAGACGAAAAAGAGGCAAUGGUAUGUUGGAGGAACGCCCUCGACCAGAUACGGCAAACUCCAGCGAUCAAAAAACAGAAUAAUCACUCCAAUAAAUCCGAAACAGAACGUGCCUUGUAUGAAAGCCUUAGGGAGUUGGAAGUACAAUGUAAAGAAAGGAUCGAUCUUCUCGAAGCCCUUAGGAUAUCGCGAGAGGACGACCCAUCAUUACAGCUCACACAAUCUAUCAAUGCCACUGAAACUAAUGCGAGUAGUCGGUCAAACACAAAUACACCAGAGAGGGGCUGGAUUGGUGAUGGGACGAUACCUGCUAUAACAUAUACGGAAUUAUCUAAACCACCACUUCCCAAGCGGCCUUCUUUCCCUUCUAGAGCCUCGUCAGAACAGGCGGUGGUGGGGCUCCGCAACGCAAUGAUGGAUCAAGACCUAUCACCUUCGGGGGCGAGGCCACCUGCACUACCUCCAUACGGUACAUCUACUCCUAGAAAGAGGUCCUCUAGAUCACCUAGUCCAGAGAAGCAUACGAUGAGAACGACUCUGCGGUCCAGCAGACAAGAAAAGCCACACAAAUCAAAAUCCACACCAUCCAAGCUAAGCAGGGGUCCCGGUGCUAGCAAAGCAGCUACUUUGGCGUGGAGUAACCUGGAACGGGGUUCAUCGACAGAUGCGAUGAGUUCGUCAUCAAAAGUGCCUGAUCCACGACGACCUCAGGAGCAGAUGCGGAAGAGUUCCUCGAGGCAUUGGGACAGCCACACAAGAAGAUUAGUGACCUCUCCUGAAGCUUCUGGGACUGCACCCAUUGGCACCCGCCCGAGUCCUGAACCAUCAGCACGAAACUCGGGCGAUUACUCAUCUACUACUACUCCAUCCUCUCUUGCCCUAGGUGCCGCCUCAAGCGCCCUAGGAGCGUUAGUUAUCCAAGAACGACAAGAAUCCAGCCCUUCGACAACUCGAGCAGAACGGAGAUCUCCGUCUAGAAAAACAACCGGGUUGAGUUUAGAGGACACAAAGUUUGCCACUCCUCGAAUACCGGUAUCAUCAGAUGCCUCCCUGAGAGCAGGUUCCAGUUCGAAACAGAGUCCCGUAAGGAGAAAGCCUUUAGAUCACGGUAGAGCGUUUGAACCCAACAGCGCUAGAAAGCGCGUAGGUCGGGAGAUGUCUGAUUACGACGGAAAAGAAGAUGCGUCUUCUAGUGACGGAGAAAUCAGGACGAACUCUUUCAUCCGGAAAGUUAAAGGCAAGCAGAAAGAGUCUCCUGUGUCUUCUAGCGUCGAUGGCCGCUCCUCGGCCGACUCUACUGCUGACGAAGAAAGGAAGGCAAAGGACGGAUGGGAAAAGAGGAAAAAAGCGAUGAUGAAAAAUCUACCAGCUGGGGUAGAUGAGGCGGCCGCAAAAGCAAUCUUUAAUGAAAUUGUAGUGCAUGGUGACGAGGUCCACUGGAGUGAUGUCGCCGGCUUAGAGAUCGCAAAGAAUGCACUGAGAGAAGCCGUAGUGUACCCAUUCCUCCGUCCGGAUUUAUUUAUGGGCCUCCGUGAACCAGCUAGAGGCAUGCUACUCUUCGGGCCUCCUGGGACGGGGAAGACGAUGCUUGCCCGUGCCGUGGCGACAGAGUCCAAUUCCACCUUUUUCUCCAUCUCGGCGAGUAGCCUGACGAGCAAGUACCUCGGCGAAUCUGAAAAACUGGUGCGUGCAUUAUUCGCAUUAGCGAAAAUGAUGGCACCAAGUAUUAUAUUCGUUGAUGAGAUAGACUCCCUUCUAUCCCAGCGCACGGGAUCUGGGGAGCAUGAGGCCACGAGGAGGAUCAAGACCGAGUUUCUCAUUCAAUGGAGCGACUUACAACGAGCUGCUGCGGGUCGCGAAGGCACAGGCGGAACGAAUAAGGAGCGAGGUGAUCCAAAUAGGGUACUAGUAUUGGCAGCUACCAACUUGCCAUGGGCGAUUGACGAAGCAGCAAGGCGAAGAUUCGUGAGGCGCCAAUAUAUUCCGCUACCAGAAGCAGAAACCAGAACCACUCAGUUGAAGACAUUGCUCGGCCAACAGAAGCAUAGCCUCACAGACACCGAUAUUGCAGAAUUGGUGGACUUAACAGACGGCUUCUCCGGCUCAGACAUCACCGCAUUAGCUAAAGACGCAGCAAUGGGACCUCUUCGCGCCCUAGGCGAGGCUCUCCUCCACAUGACAAUGGAUCAGAUUCGACCUAUAGAACUCGCAGACUUCAAGGCGAGCCUUCGUAUGAUCCGCCCUAGUGUUAGUAGGGAAGGACUUCAGGAAUAUGAGGAUUGGGCAAGGAAAUUCGGAGAACGGGGUGGGUAAGAAGUUCCUCACGGGAGACACCCACGCCAUAAAUAUUGUACUUAUUAGACGGCGAAACGAGAUAAAGGGGUGGCAAUGGGAAAUUGGCGUUUUUGGUAGCUAGGAGAUGACUGGUGGAUGGGUUGAAAUACGAUUCUUAGGACGAUGCAUUCAACCAAUAUGAGUUACAUAUGUAUGUUGAUGUGUCGCCCUUCCAGUUGCAUCAGUUUAUACAUAUACAUAAUUGUACAUACGAUACACUAAGAAGGUUCCCGUCUCAUCGUAGUUGAGGAAAUGAUCGAGACGGCGAGCAAGGCAAGGUAUUACUCUUUUUUCUUUCUUUCUUUUUCUUUUUUUGGUUCUUGUUUGUAAGCUUAGGUAUCUAGGUAGGUAUCCCCAUCAAGCAUACCUACGUACCGCUUUGAUCAACGCCGCCUA